CGCACCUGCGCAGCCAUCUUGUAUUUUGGGCGAGAAAAAAGAAAGGAGACAGAAAAACAAUAUCCCGGUAAUAAAGCUGACGGAAGACAGGAAACAAACCAGGACUACCCUCCCGAAAGAAAGGAAAGCAAUAACGGGACACUGAAAAGAGUCGGCGAGGAGAAGUGAAAUUAGACAACCCCUUUGACAGCCCGAGACUCAGGUCAUCUUUCGCUUCAAAGCGAGAGGAAAAGACAGGAGGAAACGCAGGAGAAGAAGCACCGACAGAAACAGCCGAUCCCGACCGUGUCAGACACAAGAUGAAUCCCGAAUAUGACUACCUGUUCAAACUCCUUCUGAUUGGUGACUCCGGAGUCGGCAAGUCCUGCCUCCUGUUGCGAUUUGCUGACGACACUUACACAGAGAGCUACAUCAGUACCAUAGGAGUGGACUUCAAGAUCCGCACCAUCGAGCUGGAUGGGAAGACCAUCAAACUGCAGAUUUGGGACACGGCAGGACAGGAGCGCUUUCGCACCAUCACCUCCAGCUACUACAGAGGCGCCCACGGCAUCAUCGUGGUGUAUGACGUCACAGACCAGGAGUCCUAUACCAAUGUGAAACAGUGGCUGCAGGAGAUCGACCGCUACGCCAGCGAGAAUGUCAACAAGCUGCUGGUGGGAAAUAAAUCCGACCUCACCACCAAGAAGGUGGUGGACUACACAACAGCCAAGGAGUUUGCCGACUCGCUGGCCAUCCCCUUCCUGGAGACGAGCGCAAAGAACGCCACCAACGUGGAGCAGGCCUUCAUGACCAUGGCGGCCGAGAUCAAGAAGCGCAUGGGCCCCGGGGCCACGGCCGGCAGCGACAAGCCCAACCUGAAGAUCGAGAGCACCCCAGUGCCGCUGGCAGGCAGCGGCUGCUGCUAGGAAUGCCAGGCCCCGCCCCCUCUGCGGGGCACGGCCGGGGGCGGGGCACAGCGAGGGCGGGGCACGGCCCGGGGCGGGGUCUCGGAGGGACCGAGGAGGAGGUGGGUGGGGUGGCGUGGAAGGACUGGGGACUGACCUCUCAUUUCGAUCGUGGCCCCGGAGAGAGCUGGAAACAGGGAGAUCUUGCAGAGGGAUAAACUUUAAAUUUCUGUCCUCCCCACUGCCCCACCCCCCCACCCCCACAUGAAGGCAAGUGAAGACAGAUUAGGAAACAGUGGAAGAGCAGGAAACAGGCAAUAUGACUGGAGAUCUUAGCCUUAGAUUGUAGUUUCCCUUCAAAACACGCACACUUGCACACCCUCACACACACACACACACACA